AUGGAGAAAGACCAGCGAAUCGUCAUUAUUGGGGCUGGGGCCUUCGGUCUCGGAACUGCACUGAGACUAAAGGAAGAAGGCUACAAGUCCGUCACCAUCCUAGACCGAUCAGUGCCACCGGUUCCAGACGGAUCCAGCAACGACAUCUCUCGCGUUAUUCGAUUCGACUAUGGAGAUGCUGUCUAUGCUGAGAUUGCAAAAGAGGCGUUUGAUCUUUGGAAGACCCCGGACUAUCAAGAAGCCUUCCAUCAAACGCCCUGCUUAUGGGUCUGUCAAGAUGGCACCCCAGAACAGCCCGUGCAGCCUCGAGCACAAGAGUACAGCCGUAAGACAAAGCGCGUCCUGACCGAAAUGGGCCAAGAAUGGGUUCCAGUCAGGAGCGUCGAAGAGGCGAAACAGCACUUCCCCAAAUUGACUGGCCGGCUAGCCAGUCCUGGGUUUGACGGAUUCUACAACAAAUCCGCUGGAUGGGCUGAUGCAGGUCUUGCUUGUUCUCGUCUCAUGUCUCGUUGUGCAUCAGCAGGCGUGUCUUUUAUUACAGGGCCGAAUGGCCAGGUCGAAGAAUUCGAAAAGCGAUCAGACGGAGCGAUCAAAUCUGUCCGUACGAAGAACGGACGGGUCGAGGGUGAUCAAUUCAUCGUCGCUACUGGCGCAUGGACUUCGAGUCUCAUUCCGGCUUGGAACUCGAUGCUGGCCGCGGGACAGGUUGUGGGAUAUCUACGCCUCACCCCAGAGGAAGUCAGCCAGCUCAGGGACCUGCCUAUCUACUUCAACUUCUCCACUGGCUUUUUUGCCUUCCCUCCCCAUGAGCCAACUGGCUACCUGAAAGUCGCCUGUCAUGGGUUCGGUUAUACCCGCUCGGAGCCUUCGGUCACAUCCGCACCACCUAGCUCAGCAGUUGCUUCACGAGCUAAUUACAUCCCCGCCGAUGGAUUGAAACGACUCACGGCUGGAUUGAUGGAUCUUUUCCCGCAGCUGGCAUCGAGGGGCUUUGAAAAGGUUGGAAUCUGUUGGUACAACGACACUCCGACCGGAGAUUUCAUCUUCGAUUUCCACCCGGAGCACAAGAACUUGUUUAUUGCUACUGGAGGAAGCGGACAUGCUUUCAAGUUUUUGCCUGUCAUCGGAAAAUACAUUGUUGGGAGCUUCCAACGCAAGCUUUCGCGGGAGUUGCUUGACAAAUGGAAAUUCCCUACCCAAUUCCGCGAGCGCUUCCAGGGAGAGGUAUUUACAGGAGAUGGAAGUCGUGGAGGACCAGAGCGAAGGGAGUUGACUGCUCAAGAGCUGGACACAUUCGACACGGCGUUGAAAGCUGCUUCCUCCCGGGGAAGCAAAAUUUGA